AUGAAACCAUUGAAUGUAGUUUAUUGUCCAGCUCCAGCAAAUUAUACAUCAUUUGAUGGUGGAUUAGCUACUGAACCAGCAGAACCAGUUGACCUUUCUAAGAACAAUGUGUCUCCUGGUCCUACUACUCUAAAUCUUCAUGAUCCAGCUCUCUCUGAUGGUGCUUCCAACCGCAACAGUCCAGUGCAAUCUCCUGUAAAAAAUGAUGCUUCUGCUGAUAAAAUUCAGAGAAAAAGACGUCGUACCGAAAAAGACAAGCAAGAACACAUGAUACAGAAGUAUCCACUCUUGUCUCCAUGCCAGAAUUCCUGUCGGAAAUCUUGUUAUACAAAAUUUUCCGAAGAGCAACAAGCCAUAAAUGAUACAUUUUGGUCAUUUGAUUUUACUCAACGACGUUUAUGGUUUGAUGGACACAUUAUAAUCCAGAAAGAUAACUGUGGUUUAUGUGCACGAAUUAAUGCCCAUGUUGCCUCAUCCGAAGAAGACCAUGAUGAAGACAAUUGCGGUCUUUGUGCAGAAUCAGAAGGGCACAAAGCAAAGUAUACAAAAGCUAGAAGGCAAUACCAAGAUGAUAUUGAAUCGUCAUCUACUGAUAAUUCCAAGAGAAGUUUGUUUGCUGUAGAUAUGCAAAAAGUCAUCUUGUUGCCAAAACUGACGACAAAAGAGCAUUUUUUCAUUUCAAGACUGGUUGUUUUCAACGAAACAUUUGCCUCUUUAGAUGGAGACACAGAUUUUGUUGUCCUUUGGCAUGAAGGCAUAGCUGGAAGGCUUGCUACUGAUGUAGCCUCAGCUUUCAUUAAAUGCAUCAAACUUCAGCACAAGACAGAGUGGUUUUUUGGUCGACAACUGUUCUGGUCAGAACAAGAACUGGACUCUUUUCACUGCCUUUGCAUGGUGUGUAAACAAAUAAUGGGGACCCACAAGUGUAACGAUUAA